GGGAGAGCAUCUGCCGCAUGUGAGAGCCUCCCUCGGUCAACAGCAGCGUCAUCCGGCAGCGAGAUCCGCUGAUCAUCUGGUCAUCACGAGAAAAGCUGCAGAAGGCGGAGCCACAAUCGUUUGUGAGCCGCUCUCAGCAGACAGACAGCUGCAUUGCAUUCGAUUCGUCCGUUCGUCAUCCGGCAGACCUAAAUAGGCAGACAGAUCCGGCAGAGCGAGAUCGGCGCAUCGAUGCCGCUGUGGCUGCUAUCGCUGAUUCUGCUCAUCGCGUUGGCCUUGUGGCUGCUGCCCGGCAUCAUCUUCGUCAGGCGUGACCAAUGGGCCAUAUGGCGUGUGCCGUGCAAGCGGCGGAUGCAGACGGCCGCCGUGGCCACGCUGUAUGGGUGUUUCGCGCUGCCGGUGCUGUUUAUCGGCGUGGCGGCUCUGUAUCGGGUCAACUGGUGGUGGAUUGUGCCGUAUGUGGUGUAUCUGCUGAGCGAUCGGAGGUCGACCUACGGCAACUGGCGGUCUCACUGGUUCAGAUCUCUCUCCUGGUGGAAACACUGCCGAGUGAGCGUUGUGCAUGCUUGAAGGCCUCCUGCAGGGAGGAUCCGAGUCUCUCUCUCUCUCUCUCUAAUGGGAUCAGGAUUAUUGGCCGGUAGAGUUGAAGCGGCAGGAUCCUUCUGUGCCUCUGAAGAAGGACCGGCCGUAUCUGGUGGGUGUCCAUCCGCACGGCCCUUUGCUGCCCAUAUCGAUGGUCAACUUCUUCACCGAGGCCACACACAUCACUGACGUCUUCCAGGGCACCCGCAUCUCACCCACGACCCUCAACGCCAUCUUCAUGCUCCCCGUCUUCAGAGAAAUUGUCCUUCUCUGCGGCGCCGUAAGCGAGCCAAGCAAUCGCGUGUGUCACACACACAGAGAGAGAAUGAACCCUGCCCUCUCCUCUCUCUCUCUCUGUGUGUGUGUGUGUGGUUGGUUCUAGGUAUCUGUGGCGCAGAAGUGCAUCGAGUCUGUGUUGAGGAAAGGCGGCGGGCACGGUGUGUCUAUCUAUGUGGGCGGUGCGCGUGAGGCGAGUCAGACAAGCGACAGGUACACUGUGCUGGUGUACCGGCGGAAGGGCUUCUUUCGAUUAGCGCUGCGAUACGGCGUCUACCUCUUCCCGGCAUUCACUUUCGGAGAAAACUAUAUCUACAGGUAGGGACUUGUCUGUCUCUGUGCCUGCCUUCCUGCCGAUGCCUGUGUGUGUGUGUGUGUGUGUGCAGGUAUAGGACACCCAAGACCGGCACAAUGUACUACCGAAUCAAUGGUCAGUCCCCCCAGUAGUCAGUCCCACACCACAGACGUCAUUCUUUGACCUCCUCCAAAUGCCCGUGUGCAUUGGAUGGACUGUGUGGUACAUAGAGCUGGCAAUGAGGUGGGUGGGGUACGCGGUGCCCUUUCUGGUGGGCCGGGGGAUCUUCCAAAAGUCCUUCGGCCUCCUGCCGCAGCGGCACCGACUGGUGACCAUCAUUGGCAACCCCAUCGAGUGCCCGCAGACUGACAACCCCACUGAGGAGCAAAUCAAGCACUACCAGGACCUCUAUGUGGCGGGGCUCAAACAGGUCUUCGAGCAAUUCAAAGACAGCUACGACCCGGAGGGCAAAGCCAAGGAGCUGGCAGUCGGAUAGCACCACCGUCGAGAGAUCGAGAGAGCGCCU